GACACAUAUAACGUCAGUCCAGGAAGAACGGUGUAAGGAACGUCGUCAAACUCCGCUAUGGGCAACCGGAAAGGAAACGCUACUUGUGACAGAAAAGUCUUCGCCGACAAAUACGAACGUAACUCUUCUCAAAUUCGCGACUGGUGGUACGAGCUAUUCCGCAUUUUGGAAACGGACGCCUCCAUACCGGCGCACAAGCAGAUGAUUAUUCUGAACCAAGUGUUCCCGAAGCGUAUCCUGGCCCGGAUUUUGUCGAUAUUGAGCAUCCAGAGCAAAAAGUUUCAGGAACAAGUCAACGCUUUGGAGAUAAAGGACGGCGGCGACGCCCGCGACGACGAUUGGUUUGAAAUUUCAGCCAGGCGAAUCAGCACCAAGUCGAUCCGAGAUGAGGCCGAGUACCACGAAGUCGCGAGGGAGUUGGACGCCAAAUCAAAAAGCGACACCAUCGAGAAAGUAUUCACCCAACCGCAAGUGCCCAAAUCGAAAAUGUACGCUGAUUUUUUUCGACGCAAACCGAAUAGAGCAGCAGUUUGGAGAUCUUUGCCGCCGCUGUCCUUGGACGAGAUGAGUCUGAAUCAGAAAGCCGAAACCAUUACCGAAAAGAUUGCAACCGAUUUUAUCGAGUGGCUCAAAAACUUGGGCGGAGACGAAGCCCUGUCGCUGACAGUCGAGUCGGUGAUCCGAUUGUUUGAGAUUGGUUUCCACGGGGAUGCAGUGACGUCGGUGAAAGUCGGCGUCAGGGAGUUGGCGUCGGUGCCCGAGAAAGUGGCAGAGUCGACUGGAAUGCCACACAUGGGGCAGCGAGCGGUUUUGCACGCUGAAAUCGCAAGGGACUCGCGGGCAUACAAAAAACGGCCUACGCAGGUAGCAUUCGGCAGUGCACUACCACCGAACAUGCAAACGCGUCCUCCGGCCGAGUCUUACCAUAAAAGGUGGACGACUUGCGAAAACGUACCGGAAAGGUUGGCCAGCAUGGCAGCCGUCUGGCAGGGAAUCACCCACCUCAAAUCCACCAGGGCGUUUUGUGAAUUCCUCUUGGAAAAACCGGAGGUUAAACCACCGAAAUAUUUGCUAGAGGCCGGCAUGAUACACCGUUACGAUGACGGAAUGUCCGAGACAUCAGAGCACGAACCAUACUAGCCGAAAUAAACUUAAAUCAAAU